AUGAAAACGGGACGCACUGACGGCAACAUAACAAUUCUAAACUUGGCGGAGGUCUGCUGGGUUUGGUGGUUUGGCGAUGGGAACAGCCGCCCAUCUAUUUCGAAUUGUGGCGUCGGUAGCGUCAGUGCCACUUUUGUUGGGCAUGGAUGGAAUGAAAAAAAGGCUGACAGUUUCAAGACGUUUGGCACGAUACCAGGAGAAGCAAACUUGUCAAUACUGGCACUUGGUGUGCUGCUCGCGAUGUUUUGCAAUCUCAACAUCCCGUGUUCUCCUGGAGUCAAGUGA